AUGACUCUUCCCACUCACUUCACUUUGAACAGCGGUUACAAAAUCCCAGCUAUUGGUCUUGGUACUUGGCAAUCCAAGCCUAACGAGGUUGCUAAUGCUGUUGAGGUUGCCUUGAAAAAUAAGUACAGACACAUUGACGGUGCUGCUAUCUAUCAAAACGAGAAUGAAGUCGGUGAUGGAAUCCGUGCUUCUGGUGUUCCUCGUGAAGAGAUCUUUGUCACCUCUAAGCUUUGGAACAAUAGCCAUCGUGGAGAUGAGGUUGAGAAGGCUCUUGACAAGACUUUGGCUGAUUUGCGCCUUGACUAUGUCGACCUUUACCUUAUCCACUGGCCUGCUCACUUCGCCCCCAACAAGGGCUUUUUCCCUAAGGACGACAAUGGAAAGGUUAUCCUCGACCAAGUCCCAAUUGCUGAGACCUGGAAGGCCAUGGAGGCCUUAGUCAAGAAGGGUAAGACUAAGAGCAUUGGUGUUUCCAACUUCACCAUUGCUCAAAUUGAAGAGUUGUUGAAGACAGCUGAGAUCCCUCCUGCUGUCAACCAAAUCGAAGCUCACCCCGAGCUUCAACAACCCAAGCUUUUGGAGUACCUCAAGAGUAAGAACAUUCUUGCUGUUGCUUACAGUCCUCUUGGUAACAAUAUCUAUGGUAAGCCUCGUGUUUUGGAUCACGACAAGGUUCAAGCUAUUGCCAAGAAGCUCAACAAGGAGCCUGCCAAUGUCCUCAUUUCUUGGGCCAUCCAAAGAGGAACUGCUGUUCUACCUAAGAGUAUUACUGCCAGUAGAAUCAUUGCCAACUACGAGGUCUUUGAGCUUUCUAAGGAAGAUUUCGAUGAAUUAAACUCACUUGAGAAGCAUGGUCGUUUGAACGAUCCUGUUGAGUGGGGUGUCGAUAUUUUCGGUGAGCAUGAGGGUGCUGGUCUCGUUCAAUGCUAG